AUGAAUGAAAGGAAGUACUGGAAGCAGCAUGAACACGCUGCGGUUCGGCGAUUCCAACAGCAGCAAGAAAAACAUCAUCCAAAUAAUGCAAUGUUAACCAUUAUUUACUUUGAUUGGAAUGAAAUCAAUUUAAAAAAUUCAUUGAGGUUUUUACAUUUAUGGACAUUGAACACAAUCACGAUAGCUACACUUGACGAAAAACCGACAUGUCAGGUAGGACUGAAAUUUCGGCAGUGA